GUAGCAGAGUCUUAAGUACAGUAGGCCUCGGGUUAAUCAGUCCUUAAAGUCUGGCCCUAAGAUAUGACCUCAUUUGAUAAAAACUCUCAUUAAGUCUGGCUCCCAGACAAGGGCCCUCAGUCCUUGCUGUAGCUACUUCCACUUCUCAACCUGAAGGCCGGAGGGAGAAGAGAACCAGAACCCAGAAAUGAAAAGGUUGAUCCUAUUAGCCAGCUUAGCUGUUCUGCUGUUGCAAGUGGUUAAUGGAGCCUCCAAAUACCAGGUCUUAAUGAAUGCCAAAAGAAAGGACGGCUUCUCUGAAGAGAACCCUAAUAAACAAUUGAAUUUGGGCCCAAAGGCUAUUGAACAAUCAGAAAAAGACAACCUUCUCACUGAGCCCAGACAAGAUUGGGAGGAAAACCAAGACACAGAUAUCUUGAGACGUUUUAGAAAUCCGAUGCAGUUACCUGAGGAAGACAGAGAUUUCCUCUACCACUCAAGUUCCACGGAGGAUGUCAUUGAAGAACCUCAAAUGUUGAAGAGGCCUUAUUAUGAAGUGCUACAGGGGCCAGAAGAGGACAGGGACCAUAUCUACCAUGCUGAAAAUUAACAGAUCAAAUCAUGUUAACCAAGAGACCGAAGACUCAACCAAAAAACAGACCAUGCCAUUUUAUUCUCCAUGUUUUCUUUUUUUCUUUCCUAGUGGCAUUUACUAUGGCUCCUCUUUCCACAUCAAUGAUAAGAAUGAUCAUGGGACCUAAUUAAUCCCCUCUCCUUUUAAAACAUCUGUGUUUGAUCUUUUUCAGACUUUAUUGAACAUCUUUUGAUUAUUAAGGCUAAUGUAAGAAUGGCCAUCCAAAUCACAACAUAAUAUGCUAAUAAUUCCAAAGAAUGUUCCAUAUAAAAUUCAUGUAUCUUUGAUUUUAGAAUAUAGGAGAGACAGACAGACACAGAGAGAGUCAUACUGAGGUUGUGAUCUGUCUGCAUUGGUUUAAAAAGUUCCCAUUAUCAGGUUAAUCCUCUCCUGGCUUGGCUAUCUCAUCCCUCAAAGCCUAAUGCAGGGUAAGGAUCACAUUUUUUAGUGCUCCCAGACCCCUCCUAUGAUUCUAUGAUAUAUUUACUCAAGAAAAUAAACAUAUACAAAGAAGUCAAA